AUGCCCUCUUCAUCUACCAACAUGUACAGUAAAUCUGCGGCGGACUUCUCCGCUGCCGUGCCGGGAAGUGGACCAAAGCCUAGGGCCAAGGGUGCUGCCGUUGCCGCCGUGCUUUCGAUCCUUGGUGUGGCAGCGCUCACCAAGAGCAUCCUCCACAUUACAAAUCUUUGGCCUGCUACUGGAUACCGACAAUCUCAGCAAUCGAACACCACCGUGGACUGGAGUUGGUCAAGCAUCAAGCCAAGUCGUACCCUUGAGUGGCACAGCUGUUUUGAGGAUGGUGGAUACGACUGUGCUAGACUUGACCUUCCCAUGGACUGGCUUGAGCCAUCCGAUGAUCGUAGAGUUAUUCUUGCAAUCACUAGAUUACGUGCCACGGAUAGGUCAGAUUACCGAGGGCCUGUCAUAUUUAACCCUGGAGGACCCGGCGGUUCUGGUGUUUGGUCAUUAAAGCACCACGGGAAGUAUCUGCAAGAUAUUAUAGGCGAUAACCAUGAUCUCAUAGGCUUUGACCCUAGGGGCAUUGGCGCUUCUGUACCAAGGCUUGAAUGCUGGUCUUCUCCUCAGCAAAGCCAAUUCUGGGGUCUGCAGGACCCGGGCCUGCCCGAUGCUCAUGAAGGAGCCAUCGCCGAGAUGUUUGUAAGAGGAGCUGCAUACUCCCAAGCAUGUGAGAGGUCCAUGAACGGCUCCGGAAUCCUUGAGCAUAUUGGCACAGUCUCAGCUGCCAGAGACAUGCUAGAAAUCGUCUACCAGACUGGCUAUAAUAAGCUCAAGUACUGGGGCUUCAGCUACGGCACCAUCUUGGGCGGUGUGUUUGCGUCCAUGUAUCCGGACAAGGUCGAGCGGCUGGUAAGCGACGGCAACGUUGACCUGAGAGAGUGGUUCAACUCACAGCAUAUCAAUUUUCUGCGCGAUACGGACAAAGUGCUCUAUGCCUUUUACGAGUUCUGCUAUGAGGCAGGUCCCGGAAAAUGUGCUUUUCACGCUCCCACCCCACAGGCCAUCGAGGACCGUUUCAACAAGCUCCUCUCUGACUUGAAAGAUAUGCCAAUAGUCGUUCCAGCCAACGAUGCGGAUGGACCAGAGGUUCCGACGAUGGUGACAUACUCCAAGGUGAAAAUCCUUCUAUCAUCAGUUCUCUACCAGCCGCAGUACCAGUUUGAGAACUUUGCCAGGAUUCUUGCCGCCCUCGAAAAAAGGGAUGGAAGACUCUACUAUCAACACUACAAUCCUAGCAAGCCGGCGCCAGCACCUGCUUGCGCCCCGCAGCCCGUCUCGCCUUUCGAGCCGCUACCCGGCAUUUUCGAAGGCACAGAAGAUGCCUUUCCCGUAAUCAUGUGCGCCGAUCACCCGCCAGUGCAUCAUUUGACUCUGGAGGAAGUAAAGAGACAGUCGGAGGAGUUGAUCAAGCUUAGUCCGGCCACGGGCUCUAUUAACGUUCCUUUUUCGGUGACCUGUAACCAAAGGAAAACACGCCCACGAUGGAGAUUUAGUGGGCCGUUUGAGGGCAAGACCAGCCAUCCUAUCCUCUUCAUUGCCAAUAAGUUUGACAAUAUCACGCCACUGAUUAGUGCGCGAAACAACUCAGCUGGCUUUCCCGGCUCCACUGUUUUGGUUCAGAAUUCUUACGGUCAUACCUCUCUUGCAGCACCCUCGGCAUGCACCAAGGCUCACAUUAGAACGUAUUUCCAGAAUGGCACCUUACCUGACGCAGGAGCAGAGUGUGAAGGGGACUCGUACCCCUUUGGAGAAACCAUUGGUGCCGAAAUCCCUAUGUUUCAAGCAUCUUUGCGCGUUUAG